GAAAAUCAUAAAAGCUGACAGGUGCUUCUUCAAUCAGGAAUAUCAGGAAUCGAAGCGACGCCUGCAACUGAACUUGAGUGCAUCGGAGCAACAUGGAGUACACAUUCAGAGCAGUAACUCACAGCCCUGGUAUUAUAAUCUGGCGAGUUGAGAAAAUGGAUCUGGUACAAAUCCCUGAGAAAUCCUAUGGAAAUUUUUAUGAGGGUGACUGCUACGUGCUUCUCUUUACCCAGAAAGUGGGCAGCUUCCUGGGCUAUGAUAUCCACUACUGGAUCGGAUCCCAGUCGAGUCAGGAUGAACAGGGUGCAGCUGCUGUGUACACCAUACAGCUCGAUGAGUUUUUGGGGCUCUCCCCGGUUCAGCACCGUGAGGUGCAGGGCCACGAGUCUGAUGCCUUCCGGGGCUACUUCAAACAAGGAAUAAUCUAUAAAAAAGGUGGAGUUGCAUCAGGCAUGAGACAUACCGAAACCAACUCCUACAACAUUGAGAGACUGCUACAUGUGAAAGGCAAGAAAAGGGUCACGGCCAUGGAGGUGGAAAUGAGCUGGCAGAGCUUUAACCUCGGAGACGUGUUUUUGGUUGACAUCGGCAAGACCAUCAUUCAGUGGAACGGACCGAGCAGUAACAAACAAGAAAGGCUCAAGGGCAUGCUGCUGGCCAAAGACAUUCGAGACAGAGAGAGAGGAGGACGGGCAGAGAUCAGGGUGAUUGAAGGUGAUGCAGAGGACGACUGCUCUCAACACAUGGCACUCCUGACCUCUGUUCUUGGUGAAAGAACAAUUACUCUGACAAGUGGACUUCCUGAUGAAACAGCUGACCAGGAACAGAAGUCACAACUCACCCUCUACCAUGUAUCAGAUGAGGCUGGUCAGAUGAAGGUCACAGAAGUUGCUACCAGACCGCUGGUUCAGGACAUCCUGAAUCAUGAUGACUGCUACAUCCUGGACCAGGGAGGGGUAAAGCUCUUUGUGUGGAAGGGGAAGAGAGCAAACAAAGCUGAAAGACAGGCUGCCAUGUCCAGAGCUUUGGAGUUCAUUAAAGCUAAAAACUACCCCAUCACCACCAACGUGGAGACAGUGAAUGACGGGGCAGAGUCAGCCCUCUUCAAGCAGCUUUUCCAGAGUUGGACAGUGAAGGACCAGACACAAGGCCUAGGCAGGGUGCACACGAGGGGGAAAGUGGCUGAUGUCACGCAGGAAAAGUUUGACGCAGCUCUGAUGCACGUGAUGCCACAGGUGGCUGCACACGAGCGAAUGGUGGACAAUGGCACCGGCCAAGUGGAGGUGUGGCGGAUUGAGGACUUGGAGCUGGUCCCUGUGGAGCCUCAGUGGUACGGCUACUUCUAUGGGGGAGACUGUUACCUGGUCCUGUACUCUUACCAGGCUCACAACAAGAACAGCUACCUUCUCUAUAUAUGGCAGGGACGCCAUGCAUCACAGGAUGAACUGGCAGCCUCUGCGUUUCAGGCUGUGAACUUGGAUCAGAAGUACGGUGGCCAGCCAGUACAAGUCAGGAUAACCAUGGGAAAAGAACCAAGACACUUUAUGGCCAUUUUUAAGGGUAAAAUGGUCAUCUUUGAGGGUGGCACAUCUCGGAAAGGGACAUCGGACCCAGAGCCACCAAUCAGGUUGUUCCAGGUCCACGGCACUGACCCUUCCAAUACCAAGGCCAUUGAGGUGCCGGCCCUUGCCAGCUCGCUUAACUCCAAUGAUGUCUUUUUGCUCAAGAGCCAAUCAGAGCAGUAUCUGUGGUGUGGGAAGGGAUCCAGUGGAGAUGAGAGGGCCAUGGCGAAGGAGAUCAGCUUUGUGAUUGGACAGAAAUCAGGAGCUGAUGAGACUGUAGCAGAAGGGCAGGAGCCCAUUGAAUUCUGGGAGUUGCUUGGCGGGAAAGCUCCCUAUGCUAAUAGCAAGAGACUACAGCAGACUGUUUUAGACCACCAGCCUCGCCUGUUUGUUUGCUCCAAUAAGACCGGCCGUUUCAUUGUCACCGAGGUGACUCAGUUCACACAGGACGACCUCAGCGAGGACGACGUCAUGCUGUUAGAUACAUGGGACCAGGUCUUCCUUUGGGUGGGCAAAGAAGCCAACGAGGUAGAGCGGAAGGAAGCUGUGGUCAUCAGCCAGGAAUACCUACGCACCCACCCAGGGGCCAGAGAUCCAGACACACCUGUCAUCCUGAUCAAGCAAGAAUAUGAGCCGCCCACCUUCACCGGUUGGUUCACCGCCUGGGAUCCCAGCAAAUGGAAUGGAGGAAAGAGUUAUGAAGAGCUGAAGAAGGAAUUAGGAGACUUAACAAAUCCAGUUCUUAUUGCAAAAGAUCAGCAGUGUGUAGUGAGUGAGAGGAGCUUUCAGGUUUACCCACCAGAGGCUUUGGUCAACAAGCAUGUCAGUGAGCUGCCUGAGGAUGUGGACCCCACGCAGAAAGAGAGACACCUCUCUGACUCAGACUUCUGCAAUGUAUUUGGGAUCACCAAAGACCAGUUUGCAAGCCUGCCACAGUGGAAACAGCUGAAGAUUAAGAAAGAUAAAGGGAUGUUUUGAUAAGAUUAGCUACUAUUUGAUGUAAACCAUAAUUAUUUCAACAAAAUGAAGGUCAGUUUUUAUCAGCUUCCCCAUCACUCAUUCUGCAGUGUGUACGAGCUUUCCAAAACCAAUUUUUGCUUUUUUAUAAAACUCAAAAACUUUGUGCAGAAAGAUGCACACACAUGCUUUUGGUGCAUAUGCAUUGUUUACAUGUUAGACCCAUGGAGACCUAUAAUAAACAGCAUCACUCCUUCCAUUUUAAUAAUGCAAACAUGAUUUAAAUUCAGACUUAAAGCAAUAUUUUGGAACUGCUGCAACUCUGAAUAAGUGCCCAUUAAGUUCUUCCAUCACUGUUUCCUAAUAACCCAUAUUCAUC